AGUUGCAAUUUUACCCAUUUUCGACCAUAGAAUACUUUUACUAGAUAUUUUGGAAAAAUUUUGACUUUUAUGGAGUCUGGUAGGAAACCUCCAAUACAGGAUAUUUUGUGCAUGAAGAUAGGGUGUAACUAUACAGAGUAAUAAACCACAUAGAGAAACUGUGAAGAUGCCAUUUCAUAUCUCGAUGGCUACAUUAGUAUGGAAUUCCGAACAAGUUGCCAAAGAUAAAAAGUGUACGUCCGUCAUUCUAAAAUACGAAGGAAGGGAUUAUGUUUUGUGUACGUUGGAAUAUGGGAAGGUCAUGUGCGUGCCUUUAGAUUUAGUUUUUGAUAAAGGAGAACGAAUAGGAUUGCACGUAGCGGGAAAUGGAAGUGUCCAUCUCUCGGGUUUUAUGGUCCCGGAUGAUCAUUCACAGAAAGACUGUUCCGAAUCUUCUACUGACGAAUGCGACGAAUCUUGCAGCCUUAGCAGUGAGGAGACUUAUCCCUCUAGUAGUGAAAGUGAAAGUGUUGAAAGCACGUCUUCAAGCAGUGACGAUACACCACCCAAACAGAAGAAAGGUAUGGCAAAAGAUAGAAAACUUCCUAACAAGAUAAAUCAUUUAAAAGAGAAAGCUAUAGAGGUAAAGAAAACAGCAAAACAAUCUCCUAGUUGGAGCAUUAGGUCGGAGUCGAAUAGGCAUAAGAAGUGUGUGCAAACAAAAAAAGAUGUCAGUAAACAAAAAGCUAAAACUGAGAACGAAAAUGAUAGAUUGGAUUCAAAUGAUAGUGGAAUGAGUGAAAAUGCCCAAAAUGAUUUCAACAAAGAAAAUGAAAUUGUUCCUAAAAACAAAACUUCAGAGGUGACAGAGGAGGAUAUAUUAAACGUAUCGAUAUCAGACAAGGAGGAUGCGAUGGAAGUACGUGGAUUGUCCGUAGUGGCCGUUAAUUCGUGUACCAAAAUCUCUAAAAUGCUAGAGAAGGAAGCUGUCAAAAGAAGUAGUUCUGUUGAAAAAAUGGCAAGUUUUACCCCAGCAAGAAAGAAGAAAAAGAAAAGCAAUGUGGAAACUUUGAAUUCGUCAGUCAAAGCCGUGAAAGAAAAUACGGGAAAGGAUUUAAAAUCGAUCAUUACAGAUACGGUAGAUAUCGAAGUCGGAAACGGUCCCGUGGCAAGGAAGGGAAAACUUGUACACGUAUGUUACGUAGGCUAUUUAAGUAACGGAGAAGAGUUUAAGUCCGUUAGGAAUCGUCCCUUUUCGUUUCGUCUUGGUAAUGACAAGGAUGUAGUAAAAGGAUUGAAUUCUGGUAUAGAAGGCAUGAGAGUUGGAGGGAAGAGAAAAAUCAUAGUUCCUCCUUCAGAAGGGUUUGGAAACAAAACAGUCGGAUCCGUUCCUCCCAACAGCACGCUAAUUUAUGAAGUGGAGUUGAAAGCGGUCAGUUAACAUCUGCAAACUAUAAAAGAAGAAUUUAUAAAUUUAAAUUUUUGAUUUGGAUUUUAUAUUUUUACAUUCAAAGAUUACUUUGUGAAGUAUAUUUAAUUUCAUUGUUAAAGUUUAUUGAUAUAUUUAAAAUUGUCUUUUGUUGUAACAAAUCAAGGAAGUUCAGAUUGUGGUGAAGAAUUCUGUAUCCAAAUUUGAUUUUAAAGUUAUAUUGUUACUAAAACAUGCUGUAUAUAUUAAAUUUAGAUUUAUUUUUUAAAUAAAUUUUGAG